AUGAUCAGCCCGUACGAUCCUUCUGGAAAGAUCUACACCAUACUCUCCGAAGAAUGGACCACCCUCCUCUGGUUCUUUGAACCCGUAUCCAUACCACAAGUAUUCCGCGAGCAUCUGGUCCUCGUCCUCGGCUGGACAACCGGACGACGAGGCUACGUCAGCAUCGCUAUGAUCGCUCCCAACAUCCCCAACGGAGCGAACCCAGACCACUACUUUCGAAUCAGGUCCCCACGCCGUAGAGCUGUUGCCAACGAGAUCACAGUCACACUGCGGAAGAAUAAAAGAUUUUCGGCGCUCGUGGAACUAUCAUAUGUCAGGCUCGACUUGGUGUGGGAGGUGCCAUUCGCGAUCCUGUUGGUUGUACCAAGAACGGGAUUGCAGUUAAUGCUUAGAGCCGUGUCGAUGGAGAAGAUCAUGAGGUUUUAUUCGAAGUGGGGAUGGAAUCAAGCCUGGGGGCAGACGUAUCGGCCACUUCCGGACUGUCUUCAAUGGGCAGGGUACUGUCAUGACCAGAAUACUUUGGGACCUCCGGGAAAUGUCAAGCAGGGCGGAGAAGCUGAGUAUCCUGAAAUGACGAGGCAGCCAUGUCAUGUCUUGAACGGUUUAGCAUCUUCGGGAACCGUGGAGCACGAUAGAGAUUUUAAGGAUGAGGCACUUGCGGGAUCAGACAGUACCCGAAGCUGGGGCUCGGCGCACAGGCCAGACGAUGAAGAGGAUGGAUACUUGGAUAAAGAGGCUUCUCCUUGCGCUCGGCAGGAAAUGAUCUAUGCAGGGAAUGCGCACUGUGCAGCGUUGGCAAAAUUGCUUCGAGAAGCUCAGUGA